AUGUCCUUGUCUAACUGGACGCUCGCUCAAAUCUGGAUAGAAGAUUCUCGUCCGGAAGAAGUUGCCGAGCCAUGGGUAACCAUUGUGGCAGGCGUUUUCAUGAUUUUGACCUCUGCAUUCGGCAUACUUGUAAAUUUAAGAAUGUAUUACGGUCCAGAGUCGAUGAAUAUGCUGUUGAAUCAAAUGGCAGCUUAUGGGAUUUAUGUUCAAGGCCCCAUGACUCAAGUAUGUAUUUCCUUCAAUCGGUUCCUCAUAAUCUACUUUGCCACCCUCGCAAAACGAAAGAACGGGAGGACUGCUACAGCGGUAGCUUUAAUUGUAUGCUGGCUGAUAUCGCUGUUCGUCACUGUUGUAGGAAUUCCCGGAAACUGCACAAAUAUAUUCAACUAUGACAUUCUGACAUGGGACAACCUGGAUCCAUGUGUUGACACGUUGGCAGAUCUUGUUAUGUAUUGGAUUGGGUUUCUGGCAGUUAUAUCGAAUACGUUCAACGUGGUGGUUGCCAUUAAAUUGAUUGUGUCAGCGACUAAACCCCACAUGGACUCUGCAGCUACCAAACGUCGGCGUCGUACCUCUCGUCGUCUAUUCCUCCAAUCUUGUUUUCAAGACUGGAUAUAUCUUCUGGACACUAUCAAUAGUAUGUACAUCUACACAUGGUUCGACAAAAUAUUGUGGCAGUUUUUCUUCACUAUUUUCUCCAAUCUAUUUGUUCAUGUUAUGGAUGGAUGUAUUAUGUUGUUCUUCAACUACGAGAAGAAACGGACCUUGUUGAGUUUACCGAGGAAGAAAGAAUGUACUUUCAUAAAUGUGACGUUUUGA